AUGCGCUCCUCUCCACCUCCCACACCCAGAGACGGUCAUUCUAAUACGAUGGUUAAUACACGUGGAUAUGCAGCGCUAAGGAUAAACUGUAACAAAGGGUCCGGCCGGUAUAUAAACUCUGCCGUGGAUCAUCUUCUCAGUUCGCUUCGCGUCUUCGGUCAUAACAGCAAUAUGAAUUACCACCAGUUAACGAAGGUGCUGUCGGUGCUCUUGUGUCUCAGCAGCGAUGCACUCGCUGGACUGUUGCCGAAUGGUGGUGCGGGUGGAAGUGGCUACCAGUACAACAGACCAGGCGCAGGAGGAUUCGGCGGUGCAGGUGGAUUCGCCGGGGACGUAGGCGGUGGUAACUACAGGAGACCAACCACAUCGUACGGACCACCCGGAGGUGGCGGUGACGGCGGUGGUUUCGGUGGACGUCCCUCGACUGCUUAUGGAGCACCAGGACAAUUCGGUGGCGGCGCCGGUGGUGCUGGCGGAUAUCAGGAUGGAGGAUACCAGGGCGGUUACGGUGGUGGUUUUGGACGCGACAAUGGCAGACCUCAACCAUACAGCUUCCAAUACGAGGUCUACGAUCCACCAAGUGGCAACGAUUACUCCCAACGUGAGAGCAGCGACGGCAACGUGGUCACAGGGGAAUACAGAGUUCUGUUGCCUGACUCGCGGACACAGAUCGUAAAGUACAUGGCUGACGAUGCUAAUGGGUACACGGCUGACGUUCAGUACGAAGGACAGGCCCAAUUUUCACGCGGUGGCGUUGGUGGCGGUGGUGCCGGAGGAUACCAAGGUGGUACUGGAGGAUACCAAGGUGGCAGGGGGGGUGGCUUCGGAACCGGCGGAUACAGCGACGCCGGAAGCAAUCAGUAUCUACCGCCCCGCAACAAUUACCGGAAAUGAUCGUAAAAGCAUUUAAAUAAAAGGGGAAAAAACAACAACAAAAAAAAAUGGGACAAAUCUCCCGAAUGCUGGGCGACAACCAUCACGGACCUCCCUCGUUUUUACAGCUUUUUUUUUUACACACACCGAAACAAUCUUCUACCACUGAGUCACAUUGCACAUUUACAUUUAAUAAUCACCACCCCUCCCCCUCCACUGGUAUUUAACUUGUAUAUCGGUUAGGAUAAUUUAAUUUUUCUGUUCACGCGCCAAUAUAUUCCCGCGUAUUUAUGUGUAUACACAUUACUCUGUACAUGGUAAUUGUUUAUUCUUCUUCUUUUUUUUUUAUUACGAAACAUACACUUGUAUACCUUCUGCUAAGCGAAUCGUCGAACUUAUAUACGCUUGUGUACGUAUUUAUGCGAGCUUGUAGUGAAA